AUGAGAACGAGCACGGACAGUUUCGCCCAGGUACUCGGUGACCUGCGACCCUCAGUGACUCUAAGCAACUUAUCUGCCGUGGCUGACAUCACCUACAAGAGGCGGACCGUCAGCUUCAACGUGACGCACCAGACAGCGCUGUGUCGUGUGACUCGCCUUGACUUCCACGAAUUCCAUCACCUUAGGCACCUAUCCAUCACCCACUCCGCCCUGGCCUACGUGGACGAUGGGGCCUUCGGUAACCUCCCCAGCCUGCGCACCUUGAACCUCAGCCACAACCCGCUGCUGCAGACUCUCUCCUGGCGGGCGUUCUGGCCAUCAUCUGUCCCUGGUGAGGCCGAUCGCUUUUGCGUUCAUCUCUUUCUCCUCCACCUGGCUCUUUGUUUGCCCUGGCUUCUCUCAUUACAAGUCCUUCCACGCGCCGCCCCAGCUCUGGCAAAGGUUCUUCUCAUCUCAUCUUUCAUCCAUCUGGUUCCUUGUUUGCCCUGGUUUCUCUCACUACAGUUCCUUCCUGGUGCCGCGGCCCAUGACUCACUCGUUUAUUUCUCUCCCUGCAGAAAUACACUGAAACACAUCAACAUCACCGGGCACUCGCUGCUGCCCGGGGACUGCCGCAACGCUUGGAUCCUCACGUGGCAAGGCGGUGGCAGGGAGAGGCGGGAGGUGUGGCGAGAGGAGGUGGAGGAGGAGCAGGAGCAGCCGAGGGACGGGAAGAAGAAUGAAGCUCCACGGGCGAGGAAAGCGACGCCGUGGGAGCAGCAGUACACAGCAGAGAACAGAACAACAGAAUCAACGAGGAGUUCAGGAAAUGAAUGUCCUCCGCCUGGGUCCAACUCCUCCUGCUAUCUGUGUCCAGCCAUGCCCAGCGUCCGGAAGGAGGGUGAAGGCGAGUGCAAGGUAUUCACUGUCAACUGUACAGCGAGGGGAAGUCCGCUUCCAGAGAUCACCUGGCGGCUCCCCCCUCAUCUCUCGAGAGUGUGGGAGGAGGGCAACUGGGUCAGAUUCUUCACCAUCGCCAGCAACAUCAUCGUCUCCGAGAUCAAAGUCACCUACAACCUCACCUAUCUGCACUCCCUCCCCGACCCCCACGCCCGAGCCCUCGCCCUAAGACAGCCGCUCGCGUGCAUCGCCCAGAACGACCGAUUUGUGAGCGUGGAGGAGGUGGAGUUGGACCCACACACAGACGUCGACGAACCCCCACCCUUCCUGGACCGUCUGGCGCCGAGGGUGUGUUCCAGCACCUACGAGAAGUCACCCAACGAGCUGUUCUGCUAUAGCGUCCAGGCCGUGCCCCCGACCAACAUCACGUGGCGCCUCUACCCUUGUGACGACAACGUUUGCAUGCCCAAGAUCAAAAUUAAGUUAGUCAAGUGCACUCAGUACCGCCAUGACCCAGGCUCGUCGUUUACGAGGGGUUGCUUCAGGUUCCCGAGCAGGCUAAAGCAUGCUAAGCCGGGCAAAUACGAGGUGCAUAUUACGAACAAUUACGGCACCACCAACACUUCGCAGCGACACCACCGCGGACACGAGUUAUGCCAGCUCGUCCCCAACAGCUGCAUCAUCUAUCCAAACUGCUCACUCAGCACUUACCCGAGACCGGUCCCCUCUUCACCCUCACUAGCGCCUCCAGAAGACUGCCCCGUCAUAACCACCACCACCACCACCACCACCAUUAUUACGCCCCAGUCCACGGAGGCCCCAUUGAAUCCUUUUCCUCUUCCUAUAACGCAGCUGACCAUCAUCGUGUGUGUGACUGUGGUGGUGUUCGGCGUCAUCCUCCUACUCCUCCGUAACCUCCGGAACGUUCGCAGACGCCCGCCGACCGACGCCGACCCCUGCCCACACUCGCCCUUUCAGAUCACCUUCAUUGGGUGCCUGUGCAGGGAGGACGAAUGCCAGAAGAAGAGUGACGGCCUGCAGCUUCAGGAGAUGAUGCCCCUCAGCGCUGACCGCCUCGUGGAUAACCCAGAAUAUAUUGGCAACGGCAAGAUCACCCUCGCUAAGCCCCAGGCGCCAGUCAUUCCUCGAGACCACGUCAAGUUUGUGUCCGAGCUGGGCGAGGGGGCGUUUGGGCGUGUGUACCUCGGCAUCCUGGACGACGGGUGGGGGCGGCCCUCGCAGGUGGCGGUUAAGACGCUGAAGAGUGUGGGGCCGGAGGCGAGGCAGGAACUGGAGCGCGAGGUGGAGCUCCUCAACAACCUCCAGCACAAGAACAUCGUCAGCUUCUACGGCGUGUGUUACAGCUCCGACCCGCUACUCAUGGUCUUCGAGUACAUGGAACACGGAGACCUCAACAACUACCUCAGGAGUCACAACGCAGACGUGGCGCUGCAGGCGGAGGUGGAGCCCAGCAACGAGCCUCUUUCCGUCAUGGACUGUCUUCAGAUCGCCCUCCAGAUAGCGGCCGGCAUGAAGUAUCUCGCCUCUCAGCACUACGUCCACAGAGACCUGGCCACGAGGAACUGCCUGGUGGGGGCCAACUUGGUGGUGAAGAUCGGGGACUUUGGGAUGUCAAGGGACGUCUACACCACCGAUUACUACCAGUUCGGGGGCCGCACGCUGCUCCCUGUCCGCUGGAUGCCGCCCGAGAGCAUCCUGUACCGCCGCUUCACCAUCGAGUCGGACAUCUGGAGCUUCGGUGUCGUGCUCUGGGAGAUCUUCACGGGUGGCAAGCAGCCCUGGUACGGCUACACCAACCAGGAGGUCAUCACGCAGAUCACCGCCGGGAAGAUCCUAAACUGCCCCGACAACUGCCCGCGGGACAUGUACAGGAUCAUGGUGGCCUGCUGGAGCAAGAACCCCCAGGAGAGGCUGCCCAUGGCCACCCUGUACGAACGAAUCCGCUGCCUUACCACCAACGAGCCGCACGUGCUGGUGGGCUGCGACACGGGGCGGCUCGGCUGGUGAAGGGAGUGAGAGGAUAGGGAGAGGAGGAAGGGAUGGUGUGUGUGUGUGUGUGUGUGUGUGUGUGUGUGUGUGUGUAGGGGGGAUGUAUGUGUGUGUCUGUGUGUGAAGAAAGGGGUGAGAGGAGGGGACCCACUGUGGGUGGGUGGAUGAGUUGUGUGUGUGUGUGUGUGUGAGUGCCGUCCCUCACCAGCCAUAUUCUCCGUACAGGCGCGGCAGGUGCUGUUCUACUCUUAUCUAGUCCCCCCCUUCUCCCUCUACUUAGGUUUCCCUCACUCAGUCAACUGAGUACUUUAUAGAAUAGUUGCACCAAUUUGUACGCGCCAUCCCAAUUUGUACUCAUAUGAAGGGAGAAAAUUACCGAGGAAAAAAGGUGAAUAUUCAUUAAUAUGACGCUAUUUCAUCUUUCUUUUAUAAUUCAGCGUUUUUUCAGGGUAUAUUUUCUCUUCUAAUGAGUCUUGAUUUAAAUGGCGCAUAGGUACGUACAGGAGUACUUCUAAGGCAUUGUAACAGGUAGCGAACUAUGUCUUGUAUGUAGUGUGUUGUAAUGAAGCUGCUCUGUAUCUCUAACCAUGAGGAUACGUAUGAUGACUAAACGAUAUGAAGGUGAUACUGCUGUUUGAAUAGUUUUUUUUUUCUCCUCUAAGCUGGGGACAAGGUGCACGGAUCAGCAGACUUCUCAUAUAGCAGAACCAUCUUUAUAUUACCCAUUCCUUAUAAAGUCAUGGUCUCAGAGAUCCCUAGCAGCUUCAUUGUAACACACCACAUACCGUACCAGACAUGGGACCAUAUUCUUAAACGAUUUGGCUCUCCUGACGACAAUUUCCCAACGCCACAAAGAAGACUAACCGGGUUUUUUUGGGUGUUUAUCCCGUUCAAGAUCAGAAGCCGUGUAAUUAGGGUUCAUUCACACUACAAGCAGAGCAGGGCAUAGCAGAGCAGAGCGGAGCGGCGCGGUUAGGUGUUCACAUACAAGCAGAGCAGGGCAACCUGCACAAGAAUCAUUCCCAGGCAACAACCCGAUAAACUCUUCGGUGUUUAUCUGGAAGGAAGAUGAAAAAUGUAACGAUUUACAAAGGAACAUUAAAUUUCGUUGUUAAAGCCAAGUCCCAUGGCUGUGUGGGUCACUGAUGAUUGGGUAUAGGAUCAGAAUAUCACCAAAUUAGCUUUUCUUAGCAUACGGCUAUUAUAUAUCGUUAAAAUGUACCUUAACUAUGCACAAUCUGGUCAGUUUUUGUAAUUUUGGCGUCAGCAUUAAAAACUCACCUAAAUAAAUAGCUUCUUGGCCAUGCUGAUUGAAGGGUGGAGCCGUGGAGGAUCGCUAGCUGCAAGCAGCAAAAAAUACGUCCAAAUUUCCCGAGCGUGCCGCUCCGCUCCGCGCUGCGCCGCUCUGCUUGGGGUGUGAACACCUGAGCGUCUGUACAUUCAAAACUAUGUAAAAAUUAAUGCCGCGACUAGCCGCUCUGCUCUGCUUGUAGUGUGAACGAACCCAAAAGGGGUUAUUACAUUGGGCAAAUUUUCCGUGGAUCUUCAGUCAAACCACGAUUUCCGCUUGCGUGGUUCUCAUUUGUUUCUUGUUAUUGCUGCUGAUGAUGAUGGUGAGUAAUACCGUCUUCCUUCAGUGAAAUCUACCGUAGCUUUGGAAGAUCGUGGACACGUCAGAAAACCCCGGAAAUAUGACACACGCCAGCGGAAAUCGUGGUUUGAACGAAGAUCCACGGAAAAUUUGCCCAAUGUAAUAGCCCCUUAAAACUAUGACCAGCAUCAUGAAACAGUCCACGGUAAUCCCAAGAACUACUGCGAAAGGCUAUACAAACAAGCGAACUGAGGUCUCGAUACGUUUGAGAACACGGGUCAUGGAUCGCUACCUAUCAGUGCCUUACGUACCUACCCUAUAACAAGGUCUGUGUGCGGAGGGAGGAGUAGCGGGUCACUCACUCCCGGCUAGAAAGACGUCGAAGGUUUGUACAGAAAUAUAAAUACACAAAUGAAUAUAUAUUUUGUAAGUGUAGAAGAAUAACAGCAAUGUGGUAGGUAUGAAGUAGUCAAAAGACACUAUCUAAACUAGUCAAUAAUUAUCCUUUGUACCGCUGCUAUCCUAGGCCUAUUUUUGUCCAUAGAAGCUACUACAACACACACACACACACACACACACACACACACACACACACACACAGGUAUAGCCAGACAAGCAACUCACACAUAACAACACAACCAAACCAUACUCGCAACCACUAUUACCAACUCCCGCCACGAACCUCAGAGAAAGAAAAGUGAUGCUGCUGGUUUCGUAAAUUAGUAUUAUUUCCACACCUUCGGAGGCCUCAUAACCUCCACUUACAACAUAGUACAUAAUUAGUCGUCCUGUACAUAGUCGUGUAUAUAUUAUUCUACACUUGGGAGGACGUCAAUAAAGGCUGUAUAAAGAAGUACGUUUAAGGGAAGCAGAAUCUCGGAAAGGAAUCUCCUCUUUGUAAGUUCAGGUGUUUCGUAACGAUGUACCUUACAAGGCCUGCUUAGGGACGGGUCUGCAGCCGGUUUGAGUCUAGGUCACAUGGUACUGUGUCGAGGACACUUUUUUUUUUUACGUCAUUGCCUAUAGCGCCGGUAGGCUUUCUAUAGGGGUCUGGUGGUCGACCCUAGGCCGUCAAUGUGCAGGCAAGUGUUUAUAGUGGCGCCAUCUACUCCUGGCUCAUGUUGUCCCCCAGAGCUUAUUCUUGAUUUCACUUGAACAGGUCUCCCAAAGUUCGGGUUGAUAGGUGGUUUUCAGGACAGUAUGUGGGUAGUCUUAGGCCACUCGGCGGUGACUUAAAAAUCCCAGUUGGUAUUGCUGGAUUCGAACCCGCAUUAUCCAGAGCAUGGCGGAACACGGGACCGGCAUGCUGACCACUCAGCCACCGUCUCCCCAUGACAACAUUUAGCUGUGACAACCGUGACAGCUGUGGCUAUGACAACAUGUAGCUGUUUAUAAGGAAUGGAUAGUAAAGGACAAUAGGAAUUACGAAUUCUUCCUUCAUCUGUGACGGUAUUACUUUUAUUUUGCAAUUUAUAACGAUUUAAUUGAGUUAUCGAAGUAUGCAGUAAUGGCGCCGCAACAACUGCGAUCAUAUAACGUUAUUUAUUCGUAUAUCUAUUUAUCGGAGAACUACAGUGCGAUGACGCCGUGAGACCAACGAUCCAAACCGGCUGAAGGACGUGCCUACACAGGCCUUAGCUACUUAGACAAGCGCAUUCACACUACCUGACUGAAAAUAUUGUAAACAAGUAAAGUUUUGUUUAAUUUCAUACUGAACAGGGUGAGGACGAGUGUUUAUGUUUUGUGUGGAUGUCUGGCGGGUGGCAAAGUCAU